AGCAAAUUAAGAUGGAGGAAGUCCUCCGUCUCAACCCUACGGCGGUGGCGGCGGAGAAGACGGAGAAAACCGUCGCCAAUUCUUCUUCAAUUGGGCAACUGCCGAACCACAUCCUGGUGGAUAUCCUUUCUCGGCUUCCGAUAAAAUCUGUGAUUCAGUGCAGGUGCGUCUGCAAAUCAUUUCUCUCCGCAAUCUCUCAAGAUCCCGAAUUCCCUCCAUUGCACUUGUCCAGAUCCCCUCCCGAUCUCAUACUAUGCCCUCCCCUUUCCGACAAGCUAAUUCUCUUCGAUUCCGACAACGAUCGAGCUCACAAGCUCAAUCUCCGAUUCGACGGACCGCCCGGUUUGGAGGUCGUCAACUCCAGCCGCGGCCUGCUAUGCCUCCGCCCGCCGAAUGCCGGACCAGUUUGCGUCUUCAAUCCGGCUUCUCUGGAAUUCACUCUCAUCCCGGAUACCGUGAUAGAAAGGGAGAAACACAUUCUUAUGACCAUCGGAUUCGGGUACAGUUCGACGAGUAACAAAUACAUGGUGCUAAGGACAUUAUUAUUGCUACAACAAUCAGAUAUUAUCAAUGUUGGUCGACGUUGUCUUACCGAUAUAUACACACUCGGAACCCCUCGUUGGAGGAGAAUCGAAGAAGAUGCACCAAUGGUUGUGUUCAGAGACUUCUUUCCUACGUUCCUGAAUGGAUCUCUUCAUUGGAUAAUAGAUGAGAAUCUGUCUAGCUCCAGUACUUACGAUUACAUGAUUUCCUUCAAUUUUGAUAAUGAGAAAUUCGGAGAAAUAGCGUUGCCUCCUCCUUUUGACAUCGGGAAAGAAAGAGAUAGUGUGCCUGUUCUCAGCGUUGGUGUUUUUGAAGGUCAGUUGAGUGUGUGUGUGUGGAAUCUUUUCAACAGAGUUGAUGUUUGGGUGAUGAAGGAAUACGGUGUUCGCGAAUCGUGGUCCAGAGAGAUUGUUGUGAGAACUACUCAUUUGUAUUGGCCUGAAGGUUCAUUUCCUGUGAAGUAUAUGAGUGCAGAUAUAGUGUUGUUUUUCAAUGCUGAUUAUUCUUUGAUUACAUACAACCUCCUUGAGAAUAAGAUUGUCAAGUGUAUCAAGUUCAAUGGGUUGCCACCCGAGAAUGAUCAUGAAGCAAAAGCAUUGAUUCAUGUUCCCAUCCUUAUGUCCCUCAAGGAACUUGUCGUCGGAGCUGAAGUCCAUCUAUUAACCGGAAGGAAAGCAUGGAAGAGAUGGAAGGGCUUGACAGUUUCACACAAUAGCCCGAAUAGCCUGUAAUACGAGAACUAGUUUCUAGAGGGUUUGAUUUGGGACUCCAUAAAACUUCAGAAAGAUACAUGGUAGUUUUCUUGAACUAUACUAUUAUAGUAUUAAAAAGAACAGGAACUUGAUAUUUAUCUAUGUUAUUCAAUUAGUCAAAUGAUUGGUAAUACAAGAACUGGUUUCUAGGGUUUGAUUUGGGACUCCAUAAAACUUCAGAAAGAUACAUGGUAGUUUACUUGUACUAUACUAUUAUAGUACUGA